AUGAAGCUGAAGGGGAAGAAACUCGCGUUCAUGCCACACGACGUGUUUGACCACCUGCCCCCGCUACUCAAGGAACUUGUGCUGAGCGGUAACCAGCUGUGGAGUUUCAACUGGGGCAGGCUUUACCUGCUAGGCUGGUUGGAGCUGCUGGACUUCAGUAGCAACCUGUUUACCGCGGUGCCUCGCAUGCUGUCCAACUGCACCUAGACUCUGCGCUUCAACCUCACCCGCAACCAGAUCUCCAAGCCGACCAAGGACUUCCUGCGGGACGUGACCUCCUCCCUGCAGUACCUGGAUCUCAGCUACAACAACCUGAAGACCAUCCAGGCCUCCAGUUUCCAGGACAGUGCCAUCAAACACCUUCGGGAGCUGCGGCUAAAUGGCAACCACUUUCUCUGCACCUGCGAUGCCAGGUGGUUCAUGUGGUGGAUCAAUCAGACCACGGUCUACAUCCCUCGCCUGGUCACCGAUGUCACCUGCACCUCCCCCAAAGCCCACCGUGGCCACAGCAUCGUCAUGGUAGACCUGCACUCCUGCGAGUUGGGCUACCUGGGCAUUGGCCUCUACACUUUCUCCACCUUGACCACCUUCUUGCUCCUCUAUUUGAUACUUAAAACAGGCCUUCAUUCAAGGUGGUGCAGCUGCCUGACAGCGAAUGCAGCGUCGGCGACCCAGGUUCGAUCCCGACUACAGGUGCUGUCUAUACUGAGUUUGUAAGUUCUCCACGUGACCUGCGUGAGUUUUCUCUGAGAUCUCCCCCCACUCCAAAGACGUACAGAUUUGUAGGUUAAUUGGCUUGGUGAAUGUAAAAAUGUCCAUAGUGGGUGUAGGAAGGUGUUAGUGUGCAGGGAUCGCUGGUCGGCGCGGACCCGGUGGUCCGAAGGGCCUGUUUCCUCUCUGUAUCUCUAAACUAAACUAACAGGGGAGAACACUGGACGUACUUGGUCAGUUUAUUAUUUUACACUUAUAUACAUUACACAGAUCACUGAGUUUGAAAUAAAGCUGGCAAGCCGAGGUCAUGCAAGAAACGGAGGAAAACGGGAGACGAUUUUAUUCAGCAACUCCGUUCUGGCAGAACGUCUAUCCUGUGUUAAGAAACCUAACUUUCAGGGGAUUUAAAUCUUGAGUUCAACUUCUACCUGAAUUUAAUCGAUUUACAAAAGCUUUGAAGUUCUCCCUGCAGUCCGUUUCUUAAACAUCUUUACGUUUUGCGCUUUUUUUGACAGCCAAGUACUUUAAAUGCCAUUUAUUGCAUUGUAGCAAUGAUAGGCAACGAUUUGAUAAAAGCGAUUAAUUACAUGACAG